AUGUACUUCAAUGAUCCAGAAAAAGAUGCGAAUGCUCCAAAGACAUAUUAUAUGGAUGAAGUGGUGGCAUGUUUCAAAAGGACAUUUAUGCAAGCUCGCGAAGAUAGUCCCUUUCAAAGCAUCGAUGAAUCCAUGGCUAAAUUCAAAGGUCGUUCUAGCCUAAAGCAAUAUUUACCCCUAAAGCCAAUAAAACGGGGAAUCAAAGUGUGGGAGAGAUGUGAUGCUGCUACGGGCUACACCUAUGACUUCAAUAUAUAUUCUGGCAAAGACAUGGAUAAUACAGAUCAUGAGGGUACAAUACUUGGAGAAAGAGUUGUUCUAAAACUUUCCUUAACAAUACGUAACCCAGAUAUUACACUUACAUUUGAUAGAUUUUUUACAAGUGUAAACUUAUUGGAUAACAUAUCCUUUACUUCUGUUGGUACUUGUAUUUCUCGUAGAAAAGACAUGCCAAAAUUCUCUGACGAAAAACUUCAAAAAGGUGAUUCAGAAUUUCUCCAGAAUAGAAGAGGAACUCUUGCAGCAAGAUGGCAAGAUUCAAAGGAAGUUCUGAUUCUGAGUAAUUGCCACGGACCUGAUGUCAUACAAGUAAAACGCAAGCAGAAAGAUGGAGAAAAAGUAAUGACAAAUUGUCCUACCGCUAUUGCCGACUAUAACAGAUUUAUGGGAGGAGUAGAUUUGUCUGAUCAAAAGAUAUGCCUAUAUGAUUUUUGA